AUGAGUUUGCAUAAGAUCGGAUCAAGAGCAUUUCAAGACCAAACCAUAAGGAAUAAAUAUGAUUACAGUAAAGAGUUUCAUCUGAGACAGAGAAGAUGGAUUGAGCUGAUCAAAGAUUAUGACUGUUCCAUUGAGUACCACCCUGUUAAGGCUAAUGUUUUAGUGGAUGCGUUAAGUAGGAAAUCCGCGGGAUUCAGGGUCAUUAUUGGCUCAAUGAGAGGAACAUUAUUACAGGAAUUCAAGAAUUCUAGAACCGCUUUAUCAGUGGGACAGUCAAGGGGAUUGAUAGCUACAUUCCAGGAAAGGCCUACCUUAAUAGAAGACCUUAAGCAGGAUCAUCUGAAAGACCAUGAUCUUCAGAGGAUUGCUGAAGAUGUAAGUAAGGGAAUUAGAGUUGACUUCCAAUUUAGAGCAGAUAAUGUACCAGAAAAGGAGGGAAGAAUGUGUGUGCCUAAUAAGUUACGGCUUAAGCAAGCCAUUCUGGAAGAAGCACAUAGUUUUGCUUAUGCUAUGCAUCUAGGAAGCACCAAGAUGUAUAGAACCUUAAAGAGAUCUUACUAG